UUGGCAAUCACGAAAUAAUACAAGAAAAAUAAAAGUUGAUAUACUAAAAAAAUGAGGAAAUGCUCUGCGUUGAUGAUCUUUCUCUUUUCUUUUCUUCUUCUUGCCCUUCAAAACCUCGAAGUCGUUAGCGCCGUCGGGUGUGCCGGAAACUUUUUCAACGCUAGCAGCAUCUUCCGUCAGAACAGGGACGAUAUCUUCUCUACCCUUGCUGAUAAAGUCAUUGCCAACGGUGGAUUCUACAACGCUUCACUCGGCAACAGUUCCAACAGAGUUUACGCUCUUGCCCUCUGCCAAAGAGGCUACGACCAGCAAGCUUGUUCCAACUGUGUCCAAAGCGCGUUUCGGGGUAUACAAACGAACUGUCCAGACCGCAUGGAUUCGUUCACGUGGGACAAAGACGUUGAAGACAAUGUAUCUUGUCUUGUACGUGCCUCAAACCCCUCAACUUUCGGGAAACUCGAGCUUAGACCUGCUAUUAUAUACCCAAGUCCACUUAGUAUUGAGACAUCUAAAAACAUGACCAUUUUCGAACAAGAGUGGGAUGGGAUGGUUAACGGGACUGUCGAGGCAGCCACGGAUACUGAAACUUCCUCCGUAAGUAAGUACUUUGGUGCGCGAAAAGCCGAGUUUACCGAGUUUCCAAAUGUUUACAUGCUGAUGCAAUGCACACCGGACAUAACUUCUCAAGAUUGCAAGACAUGUUUAAGAGAAUGCGUGACGUUAUUUAAAAACCAGUUUUGGGGAAGACAAGGAGGCGAGGUCAAUCGUCCGAGCUGUUUUUUCAGGUGGGAUUUUUAUACGUUCCAUGGGGCUUUUGGUAAUGUUACUAGAGUUCCUGCGCCUCCAAGACCUCCGGCUCAGGAAAAGGGGAGCUCUGGAACCGAAAAGAAAGGAAGAAGCACAAGGUCUUGGGUAAUCAUAGCGGUAUUUGUGGUUCUUACUUUGAUAAAUAUUCUGGUAUUUAUCGGUCUCAUAAAGUUCUUUGCUGGGAGGAGAAGAUCAAACAACGGAAACAAUAUUGGUAGUGCAGAGUACUCUGAAGCUGAUGGUCAAUUUAUGCUACGGUUUAAUCUUAGUAUGAUCUUGACGGCUACUGAUGACUUCUCGUCUGAAAAUAAGCUUGGCCAAGGUGGAUUUGGUACUGUGCAUAAGGGGAUAUUACCAAACGGGCAAGAGAUAGCGGUAAAGAGAUUAGCUAAAGGUUCAGGACAAGGAGAUAUAGAGUUUAAGAAUGAGGUUUCACUCUUGACAAGGCUACAACAUAGGAAUCUGGUGAAGCUUCUUGGGUUCUGUAGUGAAGGAGAUGAAGAAAUUCUUAUCUACGAGCUUGUCCAUAAUUCAAGUCUUGACCACUUUAUCUUUGAUGAAGAGAGACGUUCACUUCUUACCUGGGAGGUGAGAUUCAGAAUUAUAGAAGGCAUUGCUCGAGGUCUUCUCUAUCUUCAUGAAGAUUCUCAGCUGAAGAUUAUUCACCGAGACUUGAAAGCAAGCAACAUCCUGUUAGAUGCUGAGAUGAACCCUAAAGUAGCAGACUUUGGGACCGCGAGGUUGUUCGAGCCUGAUGAGACUCGAGCUGAAACAAGACGAAUAGCUGGAACCCGUGGAUAUAUGGCUCCUGAAUACCUGAAUCACGGACAAAUCUCAGCUAAAUCUGAUGUAUAUAGCUUCGGUGUUAUGCUUCUAGAGAUGAUAUGUGGGGAAAGAAACAAUAGCUUUCAAGGAGAAGGACUUGCAGCUUAUGCAUGGAAGAGAUGGGUUGAAGGAAAGCCUGAGAUUAUAAUUGAUCCUUUACUGACGGAGCGCCCGAUAAACGAGAUCAUUAAGUUGAUCCAGAUUGGUUUAUUGUGUGUUCAAGAGAAUGCAGUAAAGAGACCAACUAUGAGCUCGGUAAUAGUUUGGUUUGGCAGUGAGACUACCAUCAUUCCUUUACCUAAAGCUCCUGCUAUGAGUGGAAGUCAAUGUCAAUCUGAAGAUGGUACAAUGUCAAUGAGUAAUGUCUUCACGGAGUUGAGUUCUCGUUGAAUAAUAAUAUAGUGAAUCAAAAAGUUGUUCAAGAUAUGUACAUUGCACCUCUUCAAAAAAAAAAAAUAUGUACAAUGUAUAUGCCAUCUAAAAACGGAUAUUGCCUCCCUUUUGUUUCCUCAUUUAUAAGAUGUUUUGAGUGAACUAUAAAUAUUCAACAUUUCCUAAGUUUUUUUUUUUAAAC